CUACCAUUAUGCUUUAGAUAGAUAUACAGGACAUGUACAGGACAUAACAUAACACAUAACACGCAUGUGUCUUGACACACGGAGGAAAGUGAAUGGCCGUUCGGGGCACCACACACCAACAAAGAGCGCCACACACGCAUGGAUGCAGCCUCCCUCGCCCAUCCAUCCAUCCAUCCGUCCACUCAUCGUCUAUACAUCAUGUGAGCAGCUGUUCAGCUGAGUUGUAGAGCGAGCCGAUAGUGUAGCCAGCGAAACGGGAGAACCGCAGGCCUGCAGGGGAGGGAGCGAGGGAGGGAGCGAAACAAGUUGUGGAUGGAUGGAUGGCUGGAUGGAUGUGUGUGUGCGUCCGCUGUUGUCUGUCUGUCGUACCUGCACUUCGUGCGUGGUUGCCUUUCCGGUCGGUGCCGGCCCAUGUGAUGAAGAUCUGCACGCACCACGGCACACACACAGACAUACAUCAAUGGUGACCUGCCCGCUAUGGGACGAUAACAGCUGGCCACCUUGAGGUUGUCCGAUUUGUCCCAAUUCUGCCCACACAUUCCCUGAGACGCCCUGAUGAAGGCACGCACGCAUCACAUGCACACGGGAGACGCAUAUAUGCAACCCAACACACACGCCUCAGCUUGCUCAAUCAACUGUCCGGUCACUCACCUGCCCCCUGUCUCAGUGAGCGUGAAGUUUCCAAUUGAUGGCUCUGGUGGGUCGUCAUCUAGCUGCUGAAAGAAGACAGGCGACUCCCCCGGAGCAACGUCCCUCGACACGCUCCCCUCAAUCACGUCGAGACCUUCAUCUUCUUCGCCAACCGGCGCCGCGGUCGUCACGUCAGUACCCUCUUCUUGCAGCCUUCUGCCGGAUGCGGCUGUGUCAGUAAGCGUGAUGACGUCCGCAGACUUGAGGCACUCCUCAGAGUUGGAGGCGCAGGGCGAGUAGCAUCCGUUGUCCCAUACGAUGGAGGUGAUCUUGCCCUUGUCCAGGUUGAUCACGGCGUUGACGAAGGGCGCGACGUACUUGUCGGUCGCCCAGAUCUGCGGACACGACACCCUCUCCCGCCGCCGGUCAGUGUCGCUGUUGCACUGAGAGAGGCGCGCCGACAGAAAACAAAGAGGGAGGCAUCUGUCUGUCAGAUGUCGUGUGUUGGUGGUGGGGUUGUCUUUGAACUCACUUUGUAGGGCGACGCAUCGUCGAUUUUGAGGGCCAUCCACGUGUACACAGGUGUCACUGCUGUUCUGUUCCCGUCGGGCACGCUCUCUAUCAGGGCCUUCUGGGCUGCAGCACAGCACAGCACAGCACAGCGCAACACAACGCAACGCAACGCAUCACAACGCACGGACAGCCGGUCGCCUUGAUGCCUUCCUUCACAAUGGAUGGUGUGUGUGUGUGUGUUGUGUUUGUCGGCCUUACUUCCUUUGAGCACCAGACCAGUGUAUCUGUCCACUUGUACUUCGAAAGCCAUGAGCUGUGGGAAAGGAUGAGUGCUCACAAACACACACAGCUGCACCUUGUCGCCCUGCACACAGACAACACAACACACAGAGGACACCAGUGCACUCUCACUGACAUGGGCUGAUCUCGUUCAUCUCCUACAUCUCCUACAUCUCAUACCAGCAAUACGCUUCCUGCAUCCUUGACUCUGCAGCUGAAGCUCAAUUGGUCGGGCUGGGUGUUGUUUUGGGUGUCGUUGUUCUGACCCAUGCAUCUCCACAAACACCCGAGAGCCAACAGCACAUACAGGAAUAUCCUCUUCGUUGCUCGUGUGAGCGCCAUGUUCGCUGCCGAUAAUCUCCACGCCGCGGCCAUCGAAGAUGCG